UGUCGUCUGCCAGGGAGGGGCCGCUACUAGAGCCAAUUUGGAUUAUGAAUUUUUUUUGCGCAUGGAAGGCGUGCAGCUCCUCCUGGUUCACUUGAUUUGCUGUCCACGAUUUCCCUUUACAUCUUCUUCUUAUGGGCUGCAAUUAAGUUGCUUUGCGUCGGCCAAGACCGUUCGGCCAGCGUCGCAGUGCUGAGGAGAUGAAUUUUGUCAAGAGCAGAGGAGGGAGAUGGUGGAAUUCGGUACACAGGGAGAAGAGUGUGUUUCUGGAUGCGGAGCAGGGGGGCGUGAUGAUAUCAACUGACGGAGAGAGUCAGUGAAGUGAGAAGAACGGAGGAGUUGAGUGGGAUCUUUGUUGUGAAGGAUCAGUGUAUGUUCAAAGAAAUGGCGGUGGAUACGAUGGCGAGUGUGGAGGUGCCGGCGUUUGGUAGACGAUCCAUGAGUGUUGAAAUGCCAGGUAAACCCGCAAGGAGGUCCAUGAGCGUUGAGCAGCCUUACGUCCCUGCGAGACGAUCAAUGAGCAUUGAAGUGCCGAAUUCGAAGCGAUUGUCGAGGCCAAGUUUAAUUUUAAAGCGGAGUACUACCGAAUGGCGCGUGUCCACUGAUGCUCCUGCUGACAUUGUUGUUGAGGUUGGCGGUCAGAGCUUUGCCCUGCACAAGUUUCCUCUAGUCGCAAGAAGCGGAAAAAUUAGGAGGCUAGUAGCCUCUGAAAAAGCCGAUGAAAAUGGAAUCCUUCAUCUACAGCUGCCGGAUCUGCCAGGCGGCUCUGAAGCUUUCGACUUGGCAGCCAAAUUUUGUUAUGGCAUCAAUUACGACAUUACCACAUACAAUGUGGCUCUUCUCCGCUGCGCAGCUGAUUAUUUGGAGAUGAAUGAACAGUGGGGCGACAACAACCUCGUGGAGCGCACAGAGAAGUUUCUCAACGAAUUUGUGUUGCAAAACCUUGCAGAAUCCAUUGCUGUACUUCACAACUGCGAGAGCUUACUGCCGCUUGCGGAGGACCUGAAACUGGUUAACAGGUGCAUACAGGCAGCAGCGAUCAAAGCAGUCAGGGACCAGGCCGGAGACUACGAAGGCUCCUCACAUCUAGACAACGUCAAAGUCUCACAUAAUGAUACUCCUACUGCUCCUGUCGUAGAAUGGUGGGCAGAAGAUCUCGCUGUUCUUCGCUUUGACUUUUUCCAAAAAGUGCUUGCCCAAAUGAGAACAAGAGGAAUGCGCUGUGAGAGUCUAGGGGGUGCUGUGAUGCAUUACGCACAUCGUGCCCUCAAAGGUAUACACAAGCGGCAGAUAAUGAAAUCGCCCAAACCUCAGAUUCAUUCGCCUGCAUUGUCUUUGGAGCAUGAGCAGCGAAUCUUAGUGGAAGCGAUAGUUAGUAUAAUGCCACCAGAGAGAAACGCGAUUUCUUGCAGCUUCUUAUUCGGAUUGCUGCGUGCAGCUGUUGUCUUGGAGUGCACCUUAGCUUGUCGCCUUGAUCUUGAGAGACGCAUCGGUUUGCAGCUAGAGCAAGCUACUCUGGAUGACUUAUUGAUUCCUUCAGUUAACCACAGUGGAGAAACUCUCUUCGACGUAGAUGCGGUACAACGGAUUUUGAACUGCUUCAUGCAGCAAGAUGGUGACGGAGAAGUUGAUCACACGGAUCCUAUGUAUGAAGCUGAAGGCGUAGGAUCUCCUACUCAAAGUGCACUUAUAAAAGUUGCAAAAUUACUCGACACAUAUCUAGCAGAAAUCGCCCCAGACGCUAAUCUCACAAUCAGUAAAUUCAUGGCGCUUGCUGAAGUGCUACCAGAGCAUGCGAGGAGAGUUGACGACGGGUUAUAUAGAGCAGUCGAUGUAUUCCUCAAGGCACAUCCGGCAAUAAUUGAGGCGGAACGCAAGACAUUGUGCAAGAUAAUAGACUGCCAAAAACUCUCUCAGGAUGCUUGCACGCAUGCUGCGCAGAACGAAAGGCUCCCAGUCCAGGUAGUUGUCCAGGUUCUCUACUUCGAACAACUGCGAUUGCGAAAUGCAAUGUCUACUAUAAACACCAGAGACCCAGUUCUACGUCUCCAACUAUCUCAAAGGAUGACGGUUGGAAAUGUAGCCACUGGACAACCACCGAACGAAAACUACGAGUCUGUGCGGAGGGAGAAUCGAGACCUGAAGCUCGAAAUUGCGCGGAUGCGCAUGCGAAUGACUGAGCUAGAGAGGGAUCAAAAUAAUUUGAAAGUGGACAUUGUCAAAAAUGGUGGAGGGAGCAGAUUCAUUGACUCUAUGUCGAAGAAGUUAAGCAAAUUGAAUCCCUUUCAACGUCGAGAGUCUAGGGAUUUCAAGAACAGCGGCGAACUGGGUACCAAUAGUAGCGGCACUCCUCUAACCCCCGACACCCGUUCCGCGAAACCUCGAAGACGUCGCCACUCCGUCUCGUAGUCCUUCAUGGGCAUCGUCUGAGACAUGAAGGAAACUUGUAAAAAUGAUAUGUUUUUUUUCAGGGAGACGCAAGUCAUGUCGCUCCGCAGAACCCCAAUCCACUGAUACCGAAGCCCUUCUGAGAAACCCAACGUACGAGUUUAGGCUUUUCGGAGAAGAAGCGACCUCAACAGUUGGUACCGUUCAUUUGCGACACCCCUUCAGCGCGCAAUUGAAACAUCUCUGUACUUUGCCUGCAUUGGGCACAUUUACUCAUAAAAUUGUACAAUUGCCAUAAGCUAUCAACCAUAUCAUUCUUGGGCACAUCUUUCCUUCUCGGGCACAACGAAAGUAUGUGGUGUUCAGAGGCAUGCUAUGUUAGCUUACGUCCUCCAGCUUAUACCUCAGACAAGUGAGGCCCACCUCUUGCAGUGUCGAUUCAGGCGUCCCGUAAAAUGCCUCAGUGCUGCACAACGUUUCAGAAGCGAAGUGCUGAGGCGUCUCAAGCUUCGCCCAACUACUAAAAUCCUUCCGCCACGAUCUGACACCAUAUCGUUCACCUCCUGCUUCGAAAUCAGGUUGUGCUCUUCCUACUAGAUGCCACAGUUCUGGUGCAGAAGAAUUGGUAUUUUAGUGCCGAUAGUGCUUACCUAUUGUUGUUUUUCCUAGCUAAUGGUUCCAUAUCCAUUGGUUCUCUGCUACUCAUGGUGCUUGCCCUUUUCUUCGAGAAUGUUCUUGGAUACUCCUAUUGCCACGAUAGCCACAUACUACAUUCAGUUGCAUGAUUGCGAAAAGUC